AUGGGAAACGAAUGCAGCUGUGGAGAAAUGAACAGCGCGAAAGCGCAAAUGUCUACCGGAGAAACGAACAAAAAGCUGCAAGAUAUACGCCUGUGCUGGGAUGAAGACGUGGGGAAUAACAUCCUAAGCGAAGAUGAAGAGACGGAAGACGACAACUAUUUCUACCGUUUGGAGAGAAAUAAAAAUAUGAAUAAGUCAGGUGAAAAAGAAAAACACAAAGAGGAGGAACAUAUCGAUAAAUCGAAAAUUUUAGCCGAUCAACUAGAAGGAGAGUACACCAUUAACGUGAAAAAAAUACUCAUGUAUGUUAGGGAGUACGAGGACGAUUUUCUCCUUUUCUUUAAAAAGAGAAACGCCACAAGUUUGAUCUUCCUAAAGUAUAUAAUUUUAAAUUACGAAAAAUACAUGCUGCGCAUUGGCGAUACAGGUGUGGUAUACAUCGGGGAGGUCAGUCCAAAUAAUGAGAAGCAUGGGUUAGGAGUGAUCAUUACACCUGACCAGUGUAUGUACAUAGGGGAGUUUGAGAAGGAUCAAAUUACAGGGUUCGGUUUGUAUGUGCAUUUCUCCAAAAGUAUUUAUGUAGGACACUGGAAGGGAGGCAAGACAAAUCACUACGGGAUCUUCACCCAUACAGAUGGUACCUUCUACAAAGGAUUCUGGUCCAAUGACAAACAGAAUGAAAAGGGAAUUGAGCAUGUUAAUGCGAAUUAUGUCUUCUUAGGUAAUUACAGAAGAGGAGAAAAAAAUGGCUUUGGAGCAUUUAUUCUGAAAAAUGAGUCCAUGUAUAUUGGGAAUAUAGAAAAUAAUUGCUUCUCCAAAAAGGGGAUUUACUUUUUUAAUAGGAAAAAAAUGUACAUAACUAACUGGGAGAAAAACUGCAUAGGGGGUGCUUGCGAAAUCGUCUGGUUAGACAGGAGGCAGUUCUAUGGCUAUCACUCUACCAAUAAUAGCAAAGAGGGCAUAGGUAUUUACAAGUGGAAUGAUGGAAGGAUAUACUUUGGAAACUGGUCUAACAAUAAGCAACACGGUUAUGGGGUCUUCAUUGUGAUCAAGCAUAUUAGGGAAUAUGAACGGAGAGAAAAGGCCCCCUUUUUCUUCUUUUUCCAACAGACAAGAAAGGUGAAGGAGUACUUAUUUUUAAAUCUUUUAAAGGAGUCCUUUUUUGAGAAGGGCCGGGUGCGCCGCAAGUUGGAGAAGGCCACCUGGGGAGAAGCCAUAGACCACGGUUCACCACGCGGAACGGCAUGGAAUGACGCUUCGAAAGAGGCACCACCUCAGGAUGAACCCCCAAACGGGAUGACGCCCCAGUGUAACAACCUGGAUGCGUACCUCUUCCUGAGGACGCUACUACGCAUGAGGUAUUACCAGACCUGCCGCUCCUACUUCGACCACCUGCAAAGGAAAAAGUGCAACAGCUUCAAAUUUAACUGCACCUUCUAUGAAAGGGUGAAGGAGCACAUUUGUUCUGUAACGAAUAGCUACUUGAAUCGGCGCAAGGUGAAGGAGCGAUGGGGGGGCAGCGACUCACCUGCGUGGAGCGCCCUCCAGGGGGAGGCAAGCCACGCAAGUGAAGAGACCGACGACACGGAUGACGAAACUGACUAUACGGAUGAAGAGACUGACGAGACAAAUGGAGACAAUGGUGAAGAGAUCCAUCAGGGGAACCACCCCUCCUUCGAAGAUAUUGAACGUCUGAAAAAUUACCUAAGCCGCCUAAACCUGAGCCAUGUCCGCGAAGAGGAUAUCACCCCACAGAGCCCCCUGUUUGCACUUGCAUCUAGUAACCUUGUCCUUAAAUUGGGGAGGUGGGAAAAUGGAAAGUUGCAGGAAUGGAUUCACUCCAGCGAUCGCUCCCGCGCAGCGGGCGGGCACGUCAGGCACAAGGUAGCCAGUCCGUCAAAUAAGCAUGAAAUGUCAUCAAAUGGGAAGAAGGAAAAAAGAAAAAAAAAAGGACGCACGCAGGAAUUGUUCCCCACGCCGUGUAAUCACUGUGUGAUCGAUAAAUUUUUGGACCGAAUGUCUUCCUCUGAGGGGGGCAGCAAUGGAAGCAGUGAGGAGGACAUCCAAAAGAACGGUCAUACGAGCAGUCAUAUGAAAAGCCAAACGAACCACCAACCGCACGAUCACCACAACGAUGGGGGAUACGCCCCCUUCGGUGCUGCUCGCAAAGGGAAGAAGACCCCCGCGGCAAUGCCCAGGAAAGGCCUUCCACGGGGAAUGUCCCCCAUUUUGCAUGACAAACAAAAAGGAACCCGCAGUGAUAGCGGUUCAGGUUACACGAGUGGGGGAAGUUCCUUGGAGAUGACAUCUUCCACGUCCCAUUUGAGAGAUGGUCACCAGGCCACCACCUCUGUCGUAAAGGAGGAGACGGAUGUGCAAAGUAGUUUUACCGAUAUGGACAGCAUAAGGAAGGGAGUAGAUCCAGGGGAAGUCCCAACCGUAAACAUCCUCCACAAGAGCAGUUCCAUUACAUAUGAAGUCACCAAAGAGAGUCAUAAAGUAACAACCCAAGACAGAAAAGUAAAUCGAAUGAACAGAGGAAGCAUCCACAAGGGGGAGAAUGAAGUAGGAGAUAUGGACAGUACUCACGAAAUGAAUGUGCGGCAUGCUUUGCAGGGGGAGAAGGGUUCCCACCUUGGGCAGGAAAGUAACUCUAUAGGGGGGAAGAAACCCGGACAUCGGAACAGAAGCACCAGCCCGAACGAUGCACGUAGGGCCAACAAAUUGCGCCCUCAUUUUCCGGGCCUUCCAGAGAAAGACGAGGAAGGUAUCCUUUCCAGUGUUAACUCUCGCAACUACGAUUUGCCAAAGAAGGGGUUCUCCCUAAUAUGGAGUUUGAAGAGAAUGAAAAAUUCCCAUUUAUCCGCCAAUGAGCACAUGACCUUUGAGGCCCCGAUGGCGUAUGUCGAUGAGGAAGACAGCCAGUCAGGGGUAUGCCAUAAGAAGAAGUCCUUUUUUGGCAAACUCCUCCGGGUGGGCCGCCGUACCGGGGGGGAAGCAAAACGGGAGGAGUAA